UAUCACACACAUUCUGUGGUGCCUGUGGAGGAACAUGAAAUGCUUCUGUAGGACCACCAGUGUUCAAAGCUCCUGCAAGUCUUUGCAAGCUGGCAAUACUUCUCUAUUUCUGUUUGGAAAUAUCUCUACAGUGUAGCCCACCAACCAGCCCAUGUAAAGGAUGAUAGGAGAGAAGCUGUUUCUGCCCUUAAUACUAAUGUCUGUGCUGAGUUUACUAACACUACAGACAACGUAUGGAGAGCACUUGGCAGAGGAGCCCUGCACAGUUCAGAUCCUGGUCCCUGGACUCAAAGGAGAACCAGGAGAAAAAGGACAAAAAGGAGCCCCGGGGAGACCAGGAAGGGUUGGCCCUCCUGGAGAGACUGGUCAACCUGGGCUUAAAGGUCAGAAAGGCGUAAUGGGACGUUAUGGAAAAGUGGGCCCAAGUGGAAUGAAAGGGAUGAAGGGAGACAUAGGGGAUCCAGGUCCAAGGGGCCCUAAUGGAGAUCCAGGUGUUCCAUGUGAGUGCACACCAAUGAGAAAGAUGAUUGGAGAAAUGGACAUUCUUGUGGCCCAGCUCUCCUCUGAACUGAAAUUCAUUAAAAAUGCUGUUGCUGGCAUAAAAGAGACAGACAGUAAGGUCUAUCUGUUGGUGAAGGAGGAGAAACGCUACUCUGACGCUGAGGUCUACUGCCAGACGAGGGGAGGGCACCUGGCCAUGCCCAAGGAGGAGGGAGCCAACACGGCCAUCGCGGGGUACAUAACUGAAGCGGGCCUGAACAGAGUCUACAUUGGCAUUCAUGACCUGCACCGUGAGGGUGUCUUCACCUACGUGGACCUCUCUCCCAUGACCACUUUCAGCAAAUGGAGAAAAGGAGAGCCGAACAACGCUUAUGACGAUGAGGACUGUGCUGAGAUGGUGGCCUCUGGGGAGUGGACUGAUGUAGCGUGCCACCCUACCAUGUAUUUUGUUUGUGAAUUUGACAAGGACAGUGUCUGAGUUCAGUCUAUGCUAAAGAGACUGCUUAAAGAAAGGAUAAAUAUAAUGGAACAAAUGUUAGAUGUACUGUUUGUGCUAUAUCUUCUAUCUGUAAAUAGGAUGACAAAAUUACAUGCAAGUUGUGCAAACUAGUAAAUUUUCUACUUUCUCUCUUCUAUAAAAAGCUAUUUAUGUUCUUAACUCACAAAACAUCCUGGGGUUUUGUUCUUUUGUGAGAAUGUUACUUUCAAGUACACCCUUAAUCUCAUACUCUGUUCCUUAGUGUUUCAAGCAUGGCCAGGCAAUGUAUUGAGUUUUUAUGUUAUGCAAACUAUCCACUGAGCAAUAUUUGCAACAGUGCCAUCAACAAACAAGACAAAUAAGCAAAUGCAGAAGGCUGUAGUUUGUGCAUUAAAUAUGAAAUUAAAAGAAAGAUUUUGGUUCCAGCUGGGUGCUUUUAAUCAGAGAAAUGGAAUACAAUAUUCAUUCUAUAUUCAUAUAAUAGGUUAUGUGACGGUUGUUGUAAAAUAAAGAUUCACUGAUAAUAAAAAAAGAGAGAGAGUGACAGUGUCUGUGCAUUAUUUUC